AUCACGUCGUGUGCGGUGUUGAACGGUGAUUGCACGACUGCCGACUGUACCGUGACUAAUAGUUUCUGUGACAGCUCGAUAUGUCAGUGUAAUGAUACCUUCUAUAAAAAUGGAAGUCAGUGUGAACCAAUUAUCAGCCUACAGGUUACCGAUCUGAGACUGCAAUCGUCUACACUCAACUCGUUAACAGUAAACUGGAAUCCACCAUCGGAUACAACACCAGAUUAUAAAUAUGUUGUGACAUGGACACCUGAUCCUGGCAGUGCUGAUGUAACCAAGGGAACCAACAUGAAGGAAAUCACUGGUCUUCAGUCUGGAACAGAGUAUUCCAUAACUGUGACAACACACCUCACUUACAGGACACAACAGACGGCACCACCUCUGUUUACAGCGAAAACAAAAUACACAUUUGGACAGGCUUGUCAAGCUACCAGUGAGUGUGGAGAAUCUAACACAGACUGCAGCUCAGACGACAAUACGGCAAAUGUCUGUCGAUGUGCAGCUGGAUUUUAUCGUACAACUACUACAUGCACAUCAAUUACCAGCCUACAGGUUACCGAUCUGAGACUGCAAUCGUCUACACUCAACUCGUUAACAGUAAACUGGAAUCCACCAUCGGAUACAACAGCAGAUUAUAAAUAUGUUGUGACAUGGACAUCUGGUCCUGGCAGUGCUGAUGUAACCAAGGGAACCAACAUGAAGGAAAUCACUGGUCUUCAGCCUGGAACAGAGUAUUCCAUAACCGUGACAACACACAUCACUUACAGGACACAGAAAACGGCACCACCUCUGUUUACAGCGAAAACAAAAUACACAUUUGGACAGGCUUGUCAAGCUACCAGUGAGUGUGGAGAACCUAACACAGACUGCAGCUCAGACGACAAUACGGCAAAUGUCUGUCGAUGUGCAGAUGGAUUUUAUCGUACAACUACUACAUGCACAUCAAUUAUCAGCCUACAGGUUACCGAUCUGAGAUUGCAAUCAUCAACACUCAACUCAUUGACAGUAAACUGGAAACCACCAUUGGAUACAACAGCAGAUUAUAAAUAUGUUGUGACAUGGACAUCUGGUCCUGGCAGUGCUGAUGUAACCAAGGGAACCAACAUGAAGGAAAUCACUGGUCUUCAGCCUGGAACGGAGUAUUUCAUAACCGUGACAACACACAUCACUUACAGGACACAACAGACUGCACCACCUCUCUUUACAGCAAAAACAAAAGACAAAGUGGGACAGCCGUGUUAUAAUACCAGUGAUUGUGGUGAACCUAACACAGACUGCAGCUCAGACAACAAUGCCGCAAAAGUCUGUCGAUGUGCAGCUGGAUUUUAUCGUACAACUACUUCGUGCACAUCAAUUACCAACCUAAAGGUUACCGAUCUCGAACUACAAAUGUCAACACACAACUCGCUGACAGUGAACUGGCAACCACCGAGGGAUACAACACCUGAUUUUAAAUAUGUAGUGACAUGGACACCAGGUGAUGGUAGGACUGAUGUAACCAAGGGAACCAACAUGAAGAAAAUCACUGGUCUUCAGCCUGGAACAGAGUAUGCCAUAACCGUGACAACACACAUCACUUACAGGACACAACAGACAGCACCACCUCUGUUAACAGCGAAAACAA